AGGCGGCAGUAGCAGCCGAAGCCGAGCUCCGAGAAGACGUCUGAUCAAACUGUUGUCUGUCAAGAACCGCUCCAAAAAUGCCGAGUCAAGAGCCUGUGACUUCCAAAGUUGUGGUUCAUCCACUAGUUUUGCUAAGUGUAGUUGAUCACUUUAACCGUAUGGGAAAAAUUGGAAACCAAAAAAGAGUCGUUGGAGUUCUCUUGGGCUGCUGGCGAGCUAAAGGUGUCUUGGAUGUAUCCAACAGUUUUGCAGUUCCGUUUGAUGAAGACGACAAGGAUAAAUCUGUGUGGUUCCUUGACCAUGACUAUCUGGAGAAUAUGUAUGGAAUGUUCAAAAAAGUGAAUGCACGAGAGAAAGUUGUAGGCUGGUAUCACACUGGCCCCAAAUUACACCAAAAUGACGUUGCAAUCAAUGAAUUGGUUAGGAGGUACUGUCCAAACUCAGUUUUGGUCAUUAUUGAUGCUGCCCCUAAGGAUUUGGGCUUGCCCACUGAAGCUUACAGGGCUGUUGAAGAAGUUCAUGAUGAUGGCUCUCCUACAACCAAAACUUUUGAACAUGUACCUAGUGAAAUUGGUGCUGAAGAGGCUGAGGAAGUAGGUGUUGAGCAUUUAUUGCGUGACAUUAAGGAUACUACGGUUGGAACCUUAUCACAGAGGAUCACAAACCAGCUCUUGGGCCUGAAGGGCUUGCACCUUCAAAUACAGGAAAUCAGAAACUAUCUUGUUCAGGUCACUGAAGGCAAGCUGCCAAUCAACCACCAAAUUGUGUACCAAUUGCAAGAUAUUUUCAAUUUACUCCCAGACGUUUCAAGGGACACAUUUGUUGAUUCACUUUACACCAAAACAAAUGACCAGAUGCUGGUGGUGUACCUUGCUUCACUUGUACGCUCCAUUGUCGCCUUACACAAUCUCAUCAAUAACAAAUUGACUAAUAGAGAAUCUGAAAAGAAGGAAGUUACUGCAAAAAAAGAAGAAAGCAAGGAGAAAAAAGACAAAGAAGGCAAAGAGAAAGAAGAUGACAAGGAGAAAGAUAAGGAUAAAGUGACACCUGCAUCAAAGGAUGAUAAAAAGAAAUAAAUUGCAAUGUUCUGAAUUUUUGUAAUUAUUUUUAAGUAAAUAUAACUUAUGUAAUUUUC